UGCAAGUGCACCUCGAUCGCGUCAGCUCGUGUCACUCUCACCAUCCGUGCCGUGCGUCUCGGCCCGCACCAAGAGCAAAAGCAGAGCAGCCAGCCAUGUCGACGACGGCGCACAAGGUGGCGACGCACGCCGCCGCCGCGACGGCCAGGGGAAGGCGGCGGCGGCCGCCGAGCGUGCUGAGGGAGAUCGUGUACGGCAUGAGCCUGGGCCUCUUUGCGGGGUACCUGUGGAAGCUCCACCACUGGAGCAACCAGCGCCGCACCCGCGAGUUCUACAGCCUGCUCGACCAGGGCAAGAUCACCGUCGUCGCCGGCGACGACGACGAGCCGCCCGGCCACUGAGACUGAGCCUACUGCUACCUCACGGCUGCAUGAUCACGUACUAGUACUAUGCCCUGCUGUGUUGUCUCGCGUCAUAUCUAUCGCUUUAGUUUAAUUUUAGUAGUGUUCUGAUGAUCAGGGCUUCAGGGGGGUUUGCUUAAUUUGUCUGCUGCUCUGUGAUCAUCAUGUCAACGGUUGACAGUGUCUUGCUUAUUGUCCCGCUCACUUUUACUACCUUUUCGUGUUAGCAUGUACUACUACUACUACUGCACAAUCAGAUAAUAACGACGACGGUUAGUUUUUA